AGCUGAGCGAGGGGAGCGGCCCGGUGGCCGGCGGUCGCCAGCCGCCAUGGAGGCCGUGCCCCGCAUGCCCAUGAUCUGGCUGGACCUGAAGGAGGCCGGCGACUUCCACUUCCAGCCCGCGGUGAAGAAGUUUGUCCUGAAGAAUUAUGGAGAGAACCCAGAAGCCUACAAUGAAGAACUAAAGAAACUGGAGCUGCUCAGACAGAAUGCUGUCCGUGUUCCACGGGACUUUGAAGGUUGCAGUGUCCUCCGCAAGUACCUUGGUCAGCUCCACUACCUGCAGAGUCGGGUCCCUAUGGGCUUGGGGCAGGAGGCUGCCAUUCCUGUCACAUGGACUGAAAUAUUCUCGGGCAAGUCUGUAGCCCAUGAGGACAUCAAGUAUGAACAGGCCUGCAUUCUCUACAACCUUGGAGCACUGCACUCCAUGCUUGGAGCCAUGGACAAGCGGGUGUCUGAGGAGGGCAUGAAGGUUUCCUGUACUCACUUCCAGUGUGCAGCAGGUGCCUUUGCCUAUCUGCGCGAGCACUUCCCUCAUGCCUACAGCGUUGAUAUGAGUCGACAGAUCCUCACUCUGAAUGUCAACCUCAUGCUGGGCCAAGCUCAGGAGUGCCUUCUGGAGAAGUCGAUGUUGGACAACAGAAAGAGCUUUCUGGUGGCCCGCAUUAGUGCACAGGUGGUGGAUUACUACAAGGAGGCAUGCCGGGCCUUGGAGAACCCUGACACUGCUUCACUGCUAGGCCGGAUCCAGAAGGACUGGAAGAAACUUGUGCAGAUGAAGAUUUACUACUUUGCAGCUGUGGCUCAUCUGCACAUGGGGAAGCAGGCUGAAGAGCAACAGAAGUUUGGGGAGCGGGUUGCAUAUUUCCAGAGUGCUCUGGACAAGCUCAAUGAAGCCAUCAAGUUGGCCAAGGGUCAGCCUGACACUGUGCAAGAUGCACUUCGCUUCACAAUGGAUGUCAUUGGGGGAAAGUACAAUUCUGCCAAGAAGGACAAUGACUUCAUCUACCAUGAGGCUGUCCCAGCACUGGACACCCUUCAGCCUGUAAAAGGUGCCCCUUUGGUGAAACCCUUGCCAGUGAAUCCCACAGACCCAGCUGUUACAGGCCCUGAUAUCUUCGCCAAAUUGGUGCCCAUGGCUGCCCACGAAGCCUCAUCACUGUACAGUGAAGAGAAAGCCAAGCUGCUUCGGGAGAUGAUGGCCAAAAUUGAAGACAAGAAUGAGGUGCUAGACCAGUUCAUGGAUUCGAUGCAGCUGGAUCCAGAGACAGUAGACAACCUUGAUGCCUACAACCACAUUCCACCACAGCUCAUGGAGAAGUGUGCAGCUCUCAGCGUCCGGCCCGACACCGUCAGGAACCUUGUCCAGUCCAUGCAGGUGCUGUCAGGUGUGUUCACGGAUGUGGAGGCCUCUUUGAAGGACAUCAGGGACUUGCUGGAGGAGGAUGAGUUACUAGACCAGAAGCUGCAGGAGGCAGUAGGCCAGGCGGCGGCCAGCACAGCAGUCUCCAAGGCUGAGCUGGCAGAGGUGAGGCGAGAAUGGUCCAAGUACAUGGAAGUUCACGAGAAGGCCUCCUUCACCAACAGCGAACUGCACCGGGCCAUGAAUCUUCAUGUCGGCAACCUGCGCCUGCUCAGCGGGCCACUAGACCAAGUCCGGGCUGCCCUGCCCACACCAACCCUCACCCCAGAGGACAAGGCUGUGUUGCAGAACCUAAAGCGCAUCCUAGCCAAGGUGCAGGAAAUGCGGGACCAGCGCGUGUCCCUGGAGCAGCAGCUACGUGAACUUAUCCAGAAGGAUGACAUCACCGCUUCGCUGGUUACUACAGACCACUCAGAAAUGAAGAAGCUGUUCGAGGAGCAGCUAAAGAAGUAUGACCAGCUGAAGGUAUACUUGGAGCAGAACCUGGCUGCCCAGGACAAUGUUCUCCGGGCACUGACAGAGGCCAACGUACAGUAUGCGGCAGUGCGCAGGGUGCUCAGUGAGCUGGACCAAAAGUGGAAUUCUACGCUACAGACCCUUGUGGCCUCCUAUGAAGCCUACGAGGACCUGAUGAAGAAGUCCCAGGAGGGCAAGGACUUCUAUGCAGACCUGGAGAGCAAGGUGGCCGCUCUCCUAGAACGGGCACAGUCUACUUGCCAGGCCCGUGAGGCUGCCCGCCAGCAAGUCCUGGACAGGGAGCUGAAGAAGAAACCACCACCACGGCCCACAGCCCCAAAGCCACUGCUGCCGCGGAGGGAGGAGGGAGAGGGAGUGGAGACCGACCUGCCUGAGGAGCUGCGCAGCCUGCCCCCCGACAUGGUGGCAGGCCCACGGCCCCCCGAAGCCUUCCUGGGCUCUGCUGCCCCCCUCCACUUCCCUCCUGGCCCUCACUAUGUCUCAGGCCCCUUACCCCCUGGUACCUAUUCAGGACCCACCCAAAUGUUGCAGCCUAGGGUCCCCCAAGCCCCAGCACACCCUGCAAUGGCCAUGGUACCUGGCCCUACUAUUUACUCAACCCCUGCUUACACACCAGAGCUAGGCCUUGUGCCCCGAUCCUCUCCCCAGCACUGUGUGGUAAACAGUCCCUAUGGGGGAACAGGGCCACCCCCACCAGUUGCAGGUCUGCCCUCAGCCCCACCUCCCCAGUUCUUGAGCCCUGAACUGGCCAUGGGGGUUCGGCCAGCCACCACCACAGUAGAUAGUAUUCAGGCCCCCAUCUCCAGCCACACAGCACCUCGACCAAAUCCAGCUCCUCCCCAGGCCUGCUUCACGGUGCCCCCACAGCCACUGCCUCCAUCCUAUACCUCCUACCCACUAGGGGCCAAGCAGCCCCUCCCCACCCAGCACCACUUUUCUCCUGGGAUCCCCACAGGUUUCCCAGCCCCAAGGAUUGGGCCCCAGCCUCUUCCCACCCGAACAGCAUUUGGACCGCAGCCCCCUCAGCAGCCCCUUGCACUCCAGCAUCCACACCUCUUCCCACCCCAGGCUCCAGGACUUGUACCUGCACAGACUCCUUACCCCUUUGCCCCUCAGCCUGGUGUCCUGGCACAACCACCCCCCCCUGUGCAUGCCCAGCUUUACCCAGGCCCCUCUCAGGAUCCUCUGCCCCCCCACUCAGGGGCGCUGCCUUUUCCUAGCACUGGACCACCCCAACCACCCCAUCCCAACCUGGCUUAUGGUCCUGCCCCUAGGGCCCUGGGCCCCCAGGCCACCCCUCUUUCCAUUCAAGGUCCACCGCCUAGUGGCCAGCCCACCCCUAGUCCCCACCUGGUGCCUUCACCAGCUCCAUCACCAGGGCCUGGCUUAGUAUCUCCUCGGCCCCCUGCAACAGAGCCACCCCCACGCCGAGGCACCGCAGCUGCAGAUCUGCUCUCCUCCAGCCCUGAAAGCCAACAUGGUGGUACUCAGCCUCCUGGGGGUGGGCAGCCUCUGCUGCAGCCUACUAAGGUGGACGCUGCUGAGGGCCGGCGGCCACAGGCCCUGCGUCUGAUCGAGCGGGACCCCUACGAGCACCCAGAGAGACUGCUGCGAUUGCAGCAGGAGCUGGAGACAUUUCGGGGCCAGUUGGGUGAUGCUGGAACUCUGGAUAUUGUCUGGCGAGAGCUACAAGAGGCACAGGAACAGGACGCCCGUGGCCGUUCCAUCGCCAUUGCCCGCUGCUACUCACUCAAGAACCGGCACCAGGACAUCAUGCCCUAUGACAGUAACCGCGUGGUGCUGCGCUCUGGCAAAGACGACUAUAUCAACGCCAGCCGUGUGGAGGGGCUCUCGCCGUACUGCCCACCCUUGGUGGCCACUCAGGCCCCACUGCCUGGCACAGCUGCUGACUUCUGGCUCAUGGUACAUGAGCAAAAGGUGUCAGUCAUUGUCAUGCUGGUGUCUGAAGCUGAGAUGGAGAAGCAAAAGGUGGCACGCUACUUCCCCACUGAGAGGGGCCAGCCCAUGGUGCAUGGUGCCCUCAGCCUGGCACUGAGCAGUGUCCGCAGCACUGAGACCCACGUGGAGCGGGUGCUGAGCCUGCAGUUCCGUGACCAGAGCCUCAAACGCUCACUUGUGCACCUCCACUUUCCCACUUGGCCUGAGUUAGGCCUGCCAGACAGCCCCAGCAACCUCCUACGCUUCAUCCAGGAGGUGCACACACAUUACCUGCACCAGCGGCCUCUGCACACACCCAUCAUUGUGCACUGCAGCUCCGGGGUGGGCCGCACAGGAGCCUUUGCACUGCUUUAUGCGGCUGUGCAGGAGGUGGAGGCUGGAAAUGGAAUUCCUGAGCUGCCUCACCUGGUGCGGCGCAUGCGACAGCAGAGGAAACAUAUGCUGCAGGAGAAACUGCACCUCAAGUUCUGCCAUGAGGCAGUGGUGAGACACGUGGAGCAGGUCCUGCAGCGCCAUGGUGUACCCCCUCCAUGUAAGCCCUCAGCUGGCACAGGCAUCAGCCAGAAGAAUCACCUUCCUCAGGAUUCCCAGGAUCUGGUCCUUGGUGGUGACGUGCCCAUCAGCUCCAUCCAGGCCACCAUUGCCAAGCUCAGCAUCCGGCCUCCAGGGGGCUUAGAAUCCCCAGCUACCAGCCUGCCAGGCCCUGCAGAAUCCCCAGGCCUGCCACCAGACAGCGUCCCAGAGUCUACCCAGCUUCCAUCUUCCUCUCCACCGCCUCUCACUUCACCCCAGCCUGAGGCCCCCCAGCCUGAGGAGGAGCAGCCGGUACCUGAGGCCCCUACCUCAGGGCCCCCUUCCUCCUCUUUGGAGUUGCUGGCCUCCCUCACCCCAGAGGCCUUCUCUCUGGACAACUCCUUGCGGGGAAAGCAGAGGAUGAGCAAGCAGAACUUUCUGCAGGCCCAUAAUGGGCAAGGUCUGCGGGCUGCCCGGCCUACUGAUGACCCCCUCAGCCUUCUGGAUCCACUCUGGACACUCAACAAGACAUGAAUAGGCUUCGCCUAUCUGGGUCUUACACUACAUCAUCUCCCCGCCUGUUCACCAGCAGGACCUGAGGUGGGCUAGAUCUCUCCCAUUCCUGCUGCCUUCAGCCCUGCCUGGCCCAGCCCGCACCCCUGUGGGGUGAGAGAUGCAUUGCGGGCCUUGGGUCAGGUUCUGCUCCUUUGUGGGACCUGACAUUUUUCAGCCUUUGCUAUUGAAGAAAUAAAACUGACCUUACCUGUUCUGUG